AACACUAGUUAACUCAAAUUUAACUUGUAUGCAUGCGUGCGUGCGAGCGAGCGAGUGUUUACUCGUUAAUUUUUUUAGAAGGAAUCUGGAAAAGAAUAAAGUCAUCUAGUUCACUUUGGUCGAACAUUCCUCUCCUCUCGCCGCCCGAACUCUCUCCCCUCCCUCCCUCCUCCGCCUCUCGAAAACCGCCGCCGCCAAGAAGGCUUCAGAUUUCUGCCAGGAGGGGAGGGGGAGGGGCUUGGACAGUAUGUAUUUGCUUGCGAGUAAAAAUUGGCGGAGAACCUGUGAUGGACACAGGUGAUUGGAGAACUCAAUUGCAGCCUGACUCACGGCAAAGAAUAGUCAACAAAAUAAUGGAGACAUUAAAGAGGCAUCUUCCGUUUUCUGGUCAAGAGGGAUUACAAGAACUCAAGAAAAUUGCUGUACGGUUUGAGGAAAAGAUUUAUACUGCCGCCACCAGUCAGUCUCAUUAUCUGCGUAAAAUAUCUCUGAAGAUGCUUACAAUAGAGACCAGGUCUCAGAAUAUCAUACCCACAGGCAAUGGUAACAAACCCCUGUAUCCAGGGGGGAAGUGUGCAAAAUCCAAGCUUUGAAUUUCCAAACAUCCUUACCUUUUGUUUUAUAUUUCGCAUUGUUAUCAGACCCUUUUACAUUUUAUUGCUGCAUUUUGCUAUGUAUAUACUAAUCCCUGUACUUUUACAUUAUGUAAUACACUGGUCCCUUCAUUA